UGUUAGUAUCUGCGAAAGCUAAAAUUCCUUUAAACGAUCUUAUUUUUAUUUAUUGUACAAUUAAUGAUAAAUAACUUAAUUAAUUUUAUAUAACCUGUAUAUUGAAAUAUUUUUAUGUGUGGUAUUGUAUUUUUUUAUGGCCAACUGUAGAUUUAAAAAGAAGAAGAAGAAAAAGAAGGGAGAUAAACAAAUGGUUUGUUUUGACAUUAAAAUAAAAAAAUAUCAGUUAUUCAUAAGACUGUAAUGUUGGCUUUAGGUGCAAAAUGAAGAAGGUGCGAUUAAUGAUAAAACUACAUUGAAUUUUGAUAAGUUGUACGAUGAGAUAUUUCAUGACAAUCACCAGUAUUUGAAUAAAAACGAAACAAGGGAUUCUAAUUUAAACAAAGAUGAACGGACAAGAAGGAUUCCUUUUGGUGAUGCCUCUGAAGAUGGUUCUUUGUAAGUAUCUAUGAAAGUAAGAGGACGCUACACAGAUAUUUGUUGUCUCCGUCUGCUUUAAAUGAUCUUAUGUAUUGUACAAUUAAUGAUAAAUAACUUAAUUAAUUUUAUAUAACCUGUAUAUUGAAAUAUUUUUGUGUGGUAUUGUAUUUUUUUAUGGCCAACUGUAGAUUUAAAAAGAAGAAGAAGAAAAAGAAGGGAGAUAAACAAAUGGUUUGUUUUGACAUAAAAAUAAAAAAAAUAUUAGUUUUCUAUAAGAUUGUUAUGUUGGCUCUAGGUACAAUAUUAUGAAGAUUCAAUACACAAUGAAGCUCCAAUGAAUGUAGAGAAGUUUUUUGUUGAGUCCUUUCAUGCCAAUUACCAGCAUUUGAAUAAAAACGGAACAAGGGGUUAUAAUUUAAACGAAGAUGAAUGGACACAAAGAGUUCCUAUUGACGAUGCCUCUGCAGAUGGCUCUUUAUUUAAAAAGAAGAAGAAGAAAAAGAAGGGAGAUAAACAAAUGGUGCAAAAUGAAGAAGGUGCGAUUAAUGAUAAAACUACAUUGAAUUUUGAUAAGUUGUACGAUGAGGUAUUUCAUGACAAUCACCAGUAUUUGAAUAAAAACGAAACAAGGGAUUCUAAUUUAAACAAAGAUGAAUGGACAAGAAGGAUUCCUUUUGGUGAUGCCUCUGAAGAUGGCUCUUUAAUAAAAAAAAAGAAGAUGAAAUUGAAGGAAGAUAAACAAAUGGUUAAAGAUUCAAUGAACGAUAAAGCUGCGUUGAAUGUAGAUACGUUUUAUAAUGACACCCUAACUAAUGACAUGAUUUUGAAUAAGGACAAAACAAGAGAUCUUUAUUUAAACAAAGAUGAAUGUACAAGAAGGAUUCCUGUUGCUUAUGCUUCAGAAGGUGACUCUUUGUUAAAAAGUCAAUUAAAAAACACUAAGAAAAAGAAGAAAAUAUCUAAGGUUGUAAAUAAUAAAGAAGUAAUGUCACCGAAAAAAUCGAAUAAACGUAAACGGCGGACGUAUUUUAAAGAAUAUUCGAAGAACGAUACCCCUCAAUCAGCGGAUACGGAUAUGGAGACAUAUGUUACUAAUAAUUAUAUUGGAGAAGACGUUACUAAGAAAUUAGAAUUUAUUGAUUCUUUGGACGAUCAGACGUCGGGAUAUCGCACCAUGACUGACACAAGUAUGUAUUUUGGCCUAUAUUGUAAUCAAACGUCUAACAACGCCUACGGUGUACAUGGUCACGAAAAUGUUUUCACUGGAAAAACUCCUCUCUGGUGCGACGUUUGCUUUAAAACGUUUACCUACAUAUCCCAAUUGGUUAUACAUAAAAGAACGCACACCGGCGAGAAACCAUAUGGCUGCGAUUUUUGUGGAAAAUCGUUUUCCGCGCAAAGUCAUUUGGUUCGACAUAUAAGAACACACACCGGUGAGAGACCAUACGUGUGCAAUGUUUGUGGCAAAUCAUUUGCCAGACAAGAUAGUUUGGUUAUACAUAAUAGAACACACACCGGCGAGAGACCAUAUGCCUGCAAUUUUUGUGGCAAAUCAUUUGCCAGACAAGAUAGUUUGGUUAUACAUAAUAGAACACACACCGGCGAAAAACCAUUCGAGUGCGGUUUUUGUGGAAAAAAAUUUUCAUCAAGCAGUGGCUGUAGAACACAUACACUAGGUGUUCAUAAGGAAUAUUUAUGAACUAUUAUUGUCGUAUGAUCCAUUAUCAAGAAAAAUAAACUAUAAACAUCAAAUUAUAUAUGAAAAUGUCCCAUCAUCGCAGUAAGGGUUCUCGACUUAUAAAACGCGAUCAAUGUAUCACUUCAUCUUAAACGUUUAAAUACCUAUGCUUGGGCAUAAGCAAAACCAUAUGGUUCACACUGUCGACGACGAUCACUCGUUGUGUAGUAGCUUCAAUGCUCACUGUCUGGCGAUGUUGUUGCGUGCACUUUACAUUUAUGAAUGCAUUGCUUCUCCUUCCACUGUUUAAUAUCAAUGAAAAUAUUUCUACUCCAGAAUGCUUUUGUAAGUGAAUAGCGAAUCUUGCCUAAUAAAAUUAUAUUUUGUACAUAUUAGUUAUGACUUAUAUGUUAUACCCUUAGA